AUGGUCGCGACCGCGUCUCGACCCCCGUGCGUCGCGGUCGUCCGCUCCGCGUCCUCCUCCCGCGUCCGCGCUCGCGCGUCGUCGUCGUCGUCGCGAACGUCGCGCGUCGUCCGCAUGCGCGCGUCGUCGUCGUCGUCCGCCUCCUCCGGCGCCGAGACGACGCCCAUCCUGUUUCUCGACCUCGACGGCGUUCUCAACCGCACCGCGACGGCGCCGCAGAUCAACCUCGAGCAGGACAAGGUGAACCGCCUCCGCGACGUCCUCGCGGACACGAACGCGGAGGUCGUCCUGAGCACGUACUGGCGGUGCUUCGAGGACUACGUCGCGUACGCGCUCGGUCGCAUGGGCGCGCAGGGCGAACGCGUCGUCGGACGCACGCCGGGCGAACCGCACCUCAUGGACAGCGUCGAGCACGACGCGAACGUCAGCUCGAGCCGAAUCGAGGAGGUGCGCGCGUACCUCGUGACGCGGUUCGGCGAGGACGAGAGCGCGUGGCCGCGGUUCGCGAUCGUGGACGACAAGCAGGUCGUCCCGGAGGAGGGACACGCGUGGAGCGCUCGAUUCGUGAAGACGACGCACGACGUGGGGCUGACGGAGGAACGCGCGGAGGCGCUGCGGGCGGCGCUGCGCGCGCCCGCGACGGUCGCCGCGCGAUGA